AACGUAAACAAGUAGUUCCGUUCCGUUCCGUUCGGGUUUGUGCCACAAAUCGCACAUAAUUUGAAUACAAUUAAUCAGAACAAUGUCUGACAAACCUCGAGUGGUGUUACUUUUCUCCGGCAAACGUAAAUGCGGAAAAGAUUUCCUUACAGAAAGGCUCCUCCAUCGACUCACUGACCAAUGUGCGCAGAUCAUACGUAUUUCGGAGCCGAUCAAACGAAGCUGGGCGGAAAAACUUGGACUGGAUUUGCGGGAGCUACUAAGUGAUGGUCCGUACAAGGAACGAUACCGGCGAGAAAUGAUCGAAUGGAGUGACCGUAAACGGCUCGAGGAUGCCGGGUUCUUCUGCCGCCAAGCAUGUGCAGCAGUAAACAAGGAAAUUGUGAUUGUUAGUGACGUUCGAAGGAAAACGGAUCUGCAAUAUUUUAGAGAAACGUACGGGGAGCGGGCAAAAACGGUCAGAAUUGUGGCCAGUGAGAAGACACGAAGCGUUCGUGGUUGGGUGUUCCAAGAGGGCGUUGACGAUGUUCAAUCCGAGUGCGAUUUAGACGAUGUGACCGAGUGGGAUUUGGCGGUGUGCAAUGAAAGCGAUGCGAAUGUAGACGAUUUACUAGAUAAAAUUGAAAAGCUUCUCUGAAUGUUAUUACCUAAGUUUAUUAUUAAAAAAUAGAUAAGGGUAUUUGGGCAAAUUAAUUGUAAAGGUGGUAAGAGAAACGAUGUUUUAUACAAUUUCACUUAGAAAUAUUUUCAACAUCACAAGCAAAAUUUAUUUAUUGCCUAGUCAUUAGUGUGCAAAAAUACAAUUUUCUGCCUAUUGCCUAAUGAAUCAGAACUUAAACACAUCUUAACGGUGUUAUAUUUAACAGACAAAAAAAAUAAAUCAAGUGCAAAGUUUUCUGG